CUGAACGUUAUCUGAUCCGUAUCCAUGUUUAUUAUUUUUGCUUUUGAUUUAAGAUUGAAUUGAGUGAUUGUUAUUUGAUUCUUAACUUUAGAUUUAGUUGUACUUUAGUAGUUGUGUGUAUUUCUGAAUCUUCGUAUGUUUAGACAUGGAAAGUAAAGUGUGUAAAGUUAUUAAUGCUAAGAGGACCCACAGCGAUGACGAUGACGAUAAUACAAAUUCAAAACAAACAAGAAGAAACUCUAGUCGAGAUCGUCAAUCGACAAAAGAUAAAUAUGACAAGGGUGGUAGACGUAAUUACGAAGAGUUAAAAGUUGGUGAUCCAUACUAUUCGGGUGGUACUGCAUCGGAUUACCGUAAAGGCGAGGAUCGGUAUAAGGAUGAAUCUAGACAUAGAAGACGCCAUAGGAGUAGAGAUCGUCAAGAAAAAGAAAACAGAUCUAAAAAUACAGACAGUAAAAAAGAGGAAAAAAUUGGUGCUCCAUAUUAUUCUGGCGGAAUAGCAAGUAUUGAUGAACGUGAGAGUGGUGAAGAAACGAGUGACGAUGAAGAUGAUAAAAUUGGACAACGGUACUAUUCUACAGAAAACGCCGAUUCUCAAAGAAAGAAUAGUGAAAACUAUUGGAACAAAUACGCUAAAAAAGAUAAAAGACAAAACGAUGACGUAAGCGAUGUACCAUUACAUCAGAAAAAAACUGUGGAACUAUUAACAUCUAAAACUGGAGGUGCCUAUAUCCCGCCUGCAAAAUUGAGAAUGAUGCAAGAAAGUAUCACAGAUAAGUCAAGUGCUGCAUAUCAGAGAAUUGCCUGGGAGGCAUUGAAAAAGUCAAUACAUGGUCUGACCAACAAAAUUAAUGUAGAUAAUAUUGGAAAAGUUACUAGAGAUUUGUUACGAGAAAACAUUGUUCGUGGUCGAGGUUUAUUAUGCCGGUCCAUUAUGCAAGCUCAAUUAGCCUCAACAACAUAUACUCAUGUGUUUGCUGCUCUAGUGGCCAUUAUAAACACAAAAUUUCCAAACAUUGGAGAAUUAUUGUUGACAAGGUGCAUUGUACAGUUUAAAAGAGCAUAUCGCAGAAACGAAAAAUCUCAAUGUUUAGGAUCAGUAACAUUUAUUGCUCAUUUAAUCAAUCAAAGUGUUGCACAUGAAAUAUUAGCUUUAGAAUUAUUAACUUUAUUUGUGGAGACACCUACGGAAGAUUCUAUAGAGGUAGCUGUGGCAUUUUUGAAAGAAUGUGGACAGAAAAUGAGUCAAGUCAGCAAAAAAGGAAUGAACGCCAUUUUUGAUAUGUUACGCAAUAUAUUACAUGAUGGACAACUUGACAAAAGGGUACAAUACAUGAUAGAAGUAAUGUUUCAAAUACGCAAAGAUGGAUUUAAAGAUCACCCAGCUGUAAUUGAACAACUCGAUUUAGUACCUGAAGAGGAUCAAUUUACACAUUUACUAACUUUAGACUCUGCUAAAGAGCCCCAAGAUAUUCUGAAUGUUUAUAAAUUUGAUCCGGACUUUGAAGCUAAUGAAGAACGUUAUAAAUCAUUGAGAGCUGAAAUAUUAGGGUCAGACAAUGAAGAGGAAAGUGGGUCAGAAAAUGAUGGUGAUGAUGAUGAGGAUGAUGAUGAUGAUGAUGAUGAUGAAGAUGAUGGUGAAGAAAAAGAAGGAGAAGGUAAAGUUAUUAUUGAUAAUACAGAAACAAACAUGAUAUCAUUACGUAAAACAAUUUACCUAACAAUACAUUCAUCAUUGGAUUAUGAGGAAUGUGCUCACAAAUUGAUGAAAAUGCAAUUGAAACCGGGUCAAGAAAUAGAAAUGUGUCAUAUGUUUUUGGAUUGUUGCGGUGAACAAAGAACCUACGAAAAAUUUUUUGGCCUUUUAGCACAAAGAUUUUGUCAAAUAAAUAAUAUGUUUAUUGAGCCAUUAGAAAAAAUUUUUAUCGAUAGUUAUGCAACUGUUCACCGUUUGGAGACAAACAAAUUACGCAAUGUAGCCAGAUUCUUUGCACAUUUAUUGUUUACAGACUCUAUAUCAUGGGUUGUCUUAUCCACAAUACAUCUAAACGAAGAGGAGACAACUUCUUCUAGUAGGAUUUAUAUUAAAAUUCUGUUCCAAGAACUAGCUGAACACAUGGGACUUAAUAAAUUGAAUGCUCGAGUUCAGAAUCCGGAAUUAAAACUAGCUUUUGAAGGAAUUUUCCCUAAAGAUAACCCAAAAAAUACUAGGUUUUCUAUCAAUUUUUUCACCUCUAUUGGUUUAGGAGGCUUAACUGACGAAUUGAGAGACUUUUUAAAAGUACAACCCAAACAAGUUCCCGCUGUUGCUACAAUUAUUGACCAGCUUUCAGAAUCAUCAGAUAGUGACAGUGACAGUAGUUCUAGUAGUAGCAGCAGUAGUAGUAGCAGCAGUAGUGGUAGCAGCAGUAGUAGUAGCAGCAGUAGUGGUUCCAGCAGUAGCAGCAGCAGCAGCAGUAGCAAUAGUUCAAGCAACAAAAAAAAUAAAAAAAGAAAAGAUCAUGAUAAAUCUAAAAAAAAUGCAGAAAAGAAGGAAAAUGAAAAACCUAAAAAAAACGAGAAAAAAAAUAAAAUUGAUAAACCUAGAAAAUAUGAAGAAAAAAAGGAUAAUGAUAUACCUAGACAAAAAGAAAACAGAAAUGAAAAUGAUAAUUGGAAAAGAAAUGAAGAUAAAAAAGAUAAUGAUAAAUCUAGAAAAUAUGAAGAUAGAAACGAAAAAUCUAAAAGAUGCGAGGAAAGAAAGGAAAGUAAUGAUAAACCUAAAAGAUAUGAAGAAAGAAGAGAUAAUGACAUGUCAAGACGAAACGAAGAAAGAAAGGAUAAUGACCGAUCUAGAAAAUAUGAAGAUAGAAAUGAAGAUGAUACAUCCAAGAGAAAUGACGAAAGAAAGGAUAAUGACCGAUCUAGAAAAUAUGAAGAUAGAAAUGAAAAUGAUACAUCCAAGAGAAAUGAUGAAAGAAAGGAAAAUUAUAAACCUAGAAGAAAUGAAGAAAGAAAAGAAAAUGAUAGACCGAGGAGAAAUGAAGAAAAAAAAGAAAAUGAUAGAUAUAGUAGAAAUGAAAUUGACAAAGCUAAAAGAAAUGAAAAUGAAAAAUCUCGAAGAAAUGAUGACAGAAGAGAAAAUGAUAGAUCUACAAGAAAAAAUGAAGAAGGGAAAGAAAAUGAUAGACUUGCAAGAAAACGGUAAACUACAUGGUUCUGUUUUAUAUUCUUUUAACUUUUUAAAUAUAUAUAUAUAUAUAUAUUAUGUAAUAUUUAAGCAUUUAAUGUCAGUAAUUAUUUUGAAACUUCAAAAAUAAAAUGAUUUAUUGAUUUUAAUUAA